GUCACGUCAUUAGGUGGGUUUGACCACAAGAGGGACUUAUAGCUCUUCAGUGAAAGUUUAUGUUCACAAACAAAACUAAUUUUCUCCAAGCAAGAUAUCAAGAGUGAAGUACUUGGUGAUUGUGUCAAGAUGCCAGGCCUACCAGUGUUCAAGUUCCACACCAACACAAUACAGUCUAUUCUAGACCCAGUGGCUGCUCAAGUGUCACAGCUGGUGAUUUUGCACGAGGAGGCAGAGAAUGGACGCAUUGUGCCGGAUCUUGGACCGCCAGUGAUGGCCGUGGGAGCAGCCGUCACGAAUCUUGUCAUGGUUGGGAAGCAGACGGUGGAGACAACAAAGGACGAGCAGUUGAAGAAGGACAUGCCUCCGACGUUUGAAACCACGGAGCAGGCCACCAAAACUCUGAUUGAGGCCAGCACCGGGCUGAGGGAACAGCCUGAACUCAAGGCCAACAGAAUGCUGCUACUCGAUGGGGCAAGAGGUAUCCUGACCGGUGUGUCCGGGUUGCUGCUCGUGUUCGACCAAUCGGAGGUGAGGAAGAUCGUCAAGACGUGCAAGCAGAUCAUCGACUACCUCCCUGUGGCAGAGGUCGUCCAGACAAUGGAAGAGCUCACCACCUUCACCAAGAACCUGGCCCCAGGCAUGGCGAGCAUGUCCAAGAUGGUGGACGGUCGAGCAGAAGAUCUCACCAACGUCUCUCACAAGGACAUUCUCGCUGCAGAGAGCGACCAGACAAAGCGUGCUGUGCCUCUCCUCUUGUCCUCCAUGAAGGCGUUUGUCAGCCUGAAGGUGGCCAACAAGAAGGGAGACGCGGAUGCACAAGAAAACAGAAACUAUAUUGUCCUGGCAAUGACGGAGUCUAUCAGGGAGAUGAUCCGAGUGCUCCAGCUGACCUCCCCCACGGAGGAGGAGGGGGCGUUGGCCAAUGCAACAGGGGGUGGUAUGGGCGGACUCCCUGGUGGGAUUUUGCCGGGUACAUUCGUCGCUAAAAUCUUUCAGGCCAAGGAGCUACUCAGUCAGGCUGGCACAGAUCCCGAGAUAAACAAGAAGAGUUUGGAGGCAGUAGUAGCCGUCCUGAGUAAUGCGAGGAGGAUUGCCAAGACCUUCUCUCCUGAGAAGAAGGCCGUCGUGGAGGCCAUCUGCUCUGAGAUUGAGACUCUCAUGAGGGAGCUGGCUGAACUGCAGGCUAAUGGUCAGGGCGACAGUGAGCGUGCCCGGGAACUGAGAGCCCUCAUCAGUGCCAAGAUGGACCAGCUGGAGAGAGAGAUUCAGUUUGAGAUCACUAAGAAAGUUACGGAGGAUUUCAAGGAUCCCCUGGGGCCUCUUAACGCCCUCACCACAGCUGCACUAGCCUCUCUUGACACGGCUAACCGUGAGGAGAACUACCAGAAGAAGUCGGCUGAUUUUGAGGCCCACUCUAAGAAAAUGGCAGCCACUGCAGCUGCCCUGGCCAAGUCCGGGGUGAUUACUGACAGGAAGCUGGCCGAUGCUCUUAUCUCCACCUCUAGGAAGGUGAAGGCCCUAGCCCCUCAAGUGAUGCAUGCCUCCAAGAUAGUGUUUGAGAACCCGGACAGUGAGGCAGCCCGAGAGCACUACCAGCUGGUGAAGGAGGACUAUCAGCGGCAGGUGGAGAAGCUCACCAAACUGGUGGACUCCGGGGUAGACCCCGUCAUGUUUAUCGCUGCAUCUGAGGAGCAGCUGAAGAACGACCUGAACAAAGCCAAGGAACUGACUCGUGCUCAGUCACAACCUCAACAGGCAUUUGCCCACAUUGCCAGCGCUGCUCGCACUGCCAACAGAGUGGUGGCCAUCACCAAGAACGAGGCAGAGAACUCUCUGGAUCCAGAGUUUCAGAGCAGCUUAGAGAGGGGCAUGGACGCUGUCACCAAGUCCAUUGCUCCCGUGGUAACCAGUGCCAGGGCAACCAUCUCCCAGCACAGCCAACCUGCACAGGAGACCUUUGAGAUGAAGGCAGACAAUCUUGUGUCCGCUGUUCAUGAUGUGUUUGAUGUAGUGGACACACAGUACAACCCCCCUCCACCCCCGCCACGCCCACCAUCACCCGAGCCAGAGGCUGAGCCAGCGGUGCCGCCCCGUCCCCCCAGUCCCGUGGAGGAGGCCCCUGACCAGGUGGACAAUCCCAUUGGGUACGCGGCCCACCAGCUGGACAAGGAUGCCAAACAGUGGGAGGGCAAUCAUAUGGUGGACGCUGCCAGGAGGAUGGCCAAACUCAUGAUGGAGAUGGCAAAGUUCACAAGUGGUGAGGGUAGCGAGUUACACUCCAAGAAGGAGCUCAUUCAAACAGCUCGUAUGAUCGCCAAGGAGAGUGAGGAGGUCGUAAAGAUGGCAAAGAAGAUUGCCGAUGCUUGCACUGACAAGAGAAUGAAGAGGUCGAUUCUCCAAGUGGUGGACAAGAUCCCCAUGAUUGCUACCCAGCUCAAGAUCAUAGCUACCGUCAAGGCAACCAGACAGGGAGGAAACGACCCUGAGGCCGACCAAGAAGCCAGCGAGAUGCUCACAAACAACGCUCAGAAUCUGAUGGGGGCCGUCUCAGAGGUCCUCUACGCUACAGAGGCCGCUACCAUUCGUGUACCCCCUGCAAAGAGGGAGGAGCUUGGUCUGCAGUGGGUCAAAAGACGCUAGAGAUAAAACCAAACUGUUCACAUGACUUCAAUUUAAUAUUAGUGUUGCUUUGCUAUUUUUGUAGAAAUUCUCAAGACAUUUCAAGCUGAUAUGUUAUAGACUCAUGAUUUUCACUUUUUUGAAUUAAUUAGUUCCAGGUUCCAAUGGUUAAUUAUUACAUGUA